AUGGCUUCUGCCCAAUUUUUCAACUAUCCAGGGACUGAGUCCAACGCGGAGCAAUACCACUACUCCCAAGCUGUGAAGAUCGGAAACGUCGUUCGCACAUCAGGUCAGGGCGGCUGGGACGAGAAAGGGAAUAUCACAACCGACCUCGAAAAGCAGAUCGCUAUUGCGUUCGAGAAUGCUCUCAAAGCUCUUCAAGCUGUUCACCCACGCCUCAACUUCAAAGACAUUUACGCGAUUCGCUCCUAUCAUCUUGAUAUGGACUCGAGUUUCGACGUCAUGACGACGACGUUCAAGAAACUGUUCCCGAAUCAUAGACCUAUCUGGACGUGCAUCCAAAUUGGCAAGCUUGGAUUGGAAGGGAUGCAGGUUGAAAUCGAAGUUGAAGCGUUGAUCCCCGUCUAA